AAAUGCUACUUUUACAAACUUCUUACAACAAAAGAUUAUUUCAAAUAUUUCAUUAAACUUUGACACGAAUCUGUAUUAGAUGUUAUCAAAGUGCGUAUUACCUUUGCAUAGAUUAUUUUGAAUAAUGAAGGGCUAAUUGUACAUGUAUACAUGUAUGGCAUCUGGUACAUGUACAUAGAUCUGUACUUAAUCUGAAAAGGAUGCCCUUCAGUUGUGUACGGCAAUGGGGGACACGUCCGCUGUAUCUGUGGCGACGAAUGUUGCAAAAGGCGAGGCAGACCGAGUUUCAAAACAUUUGUACCGUCAGUAUGAACAACAGUCCGAGUUUUGUGACGUAACAAUACACUACGGUCAAGAUAACGAUAGGCGCCAGAUUCGGGCUCACUGGUGUGUCCUUGCCCAAAGCCCGUACUUCAGAUGUCAGUGGUCACUAAACGAAAGAAGACCAGAUAACGUGAAAGUUGACAAAUGCGACACGGAAGCAGUCCUGACAGCGAUUAAGUUUUUGUACACUGGGAAGAUCGGUAAUCAAGAUCUGGACCGCAUGGUCAGAGAUGUCAUCCAAGUGGCCAGGGUGUUUCAGAUUGAGAAGCUGACCGAACUGUGUGAACGCUACACUGAAGAGAUCGAUGUUUGCGUGCACAACUGUAUCGACCUACUGGACAUUGAAAUGUCUGGCAAACUGGACUCAUAUGACCAUAUAGUGACGUUUAUACUAGGAAACCUCAUGAACGUGAUCGACAUUCCUAGCAACUCUAAUAACAUAAACAAUGAAAUGAUGCACUUGAUAGUCACAAAAGCUGUGGAAAAUGGCAUUCGACGAAAUGUCAUCAUAAAAUUCUGCAAAACAUGGGCAAGUACAGAUGUCAACCGUCAAGACUAUAUCGCAAACGUCAUUUGGCCAAUUCGUGGUUACCAGGUCGACGGUAUAUGUUCUGUCUCUUCAGAGCAACCUAUGCUCUCGGACGAUUCUUUAGUCCGGGAUGAUAUACAAUUUUCAAGCGAUGGCAUCAUAGAUGUAGUUCUUGUAGUAGCGUACACGAAGAAAGACUUCGGGCGAUUUGACUUAACACGGAAGCUGUACGCAUUUGUGGUCCAGGACGACCGCUGGGGCAUGGUAGCCACGAUGCCUAAGGAUCCAAUCUUCUAUGAAACAUCGCUCUUUUGUUUGGAUACAAAUGGACACACUUUAUUCAUAAUUUGUGACACAUGUUUCAAUAUACGUUACUGCGGAGAUAAGAUCAGAUUGACUGUAAACAUAUUAGAUAUAGCAAGUGAGUCCUGGUCAGAACUGGAGGUACAGCUUAGAAUUCCCGACUGUAAGGGUGUACGUAUUAUGAACAUUGUGGCCUUUAACAGACAGCUGUUUUUCAUAGCAACUGAGAAGACCUCUGGUAAUCCCAAAGGUGUCCUUUUGUUCACAGGUUCUGAGUAUGAUGAUUAUGACUAUUCAACGUUGUUUAAGAUUAAACCAAGAUUGCACAAACUUAAUGACAUCAACACAGUCAUGGUAGGUGAACGUUAUUUAGUGGUUAUGUGCGUGAUUCUGCACGUGAAGGAUAAUAUGAAGGAGAUAAAAAUUGCUGUCCGAGAUAUAACUACAUGUGAUACCAAGUUUAUUAAAGACAAUCAUACUCAACGGGUUAACGAUCCAAAUAGUGUCGAAGAAAUAAUGGAGUUUAUGUUUGUUACUGCAAAAGGUGUUAUCAUUGCUCAUCCGAAUCGUCCUUCUUACAGACUUGUAGAUGUUGGGAACGCUACAGUGAGCAUAAUUGAAGGAGGAAUUAUGUCGAACGGCUGGAUUAAUGAUCAUAUCAAAAGGGUCACUGAAUCUCCUGGGACAAGUCAAACUAUUUAUGGUGGAAGUGGUCAUAAUGUUGUAACGGUUUUACAUGCACAGACGUCUGACUCGACCCAGACAUUACAUGUGUUUGACUUCCAAAAUAGGGAAUGGUGCAGAUCGCCAUCUUUACCCUACAAGAUUGUCUACAACAAACCCGUUCAUGUCAGGCUGGCGGCUUCAGUGUUUCGGCUAAAAUUUCCCGUUAUGAAUUGUAAACAUGAUUAAAUGAACUGACAAUAUGUAUUAGAAUUCUUUGACUGUCCACAAGGCACGUAUACUAAUGAAUUAUACUGACUUGUACAAACUGGUACGUGUGGUUAUCAUGAAAAGAGUGGACCGUGUAUGACUGUCAUGCGAUGUUACAUAAAAAUUAUGAUCGAUCGUUUGCUUCCAUGCAUGCAAACGACGUAUUAUAUAAUAAAACGUGUUUACCUCAAUCAUUUAUAAUGUAUACCAUUGAUUUAUCUUCUUUAAAUAUUUUUACUUUCACGCGAUGUCUUUGAAUAAUUAAGUCAGGCCAGUGUAAUAUUUUCUGACAAUAAUAGUGCAUGGAUGAUCAGUUGAUGUGAGGACAUUCAUGUUAUUGGUCAGUAACUUAUAAAAAUCGAAUAGCUUUCUAUUUUAAGAUUUGGUAUCAUAUUUUCAAAUCCCAUUUUUAAAGCAACAGUCAUAAUAAUUUUAUAUCGCUUGAAGUUUUUUCUUCUAUUAAACGCAUUGAUUUUUUCUUGAAUAGUUAUAUGUUGAAGUCGCCACAUUCUUCAUUGGGUAUUUGAAAUCAAGAGCCUUUCAUACACAAAGAAACAAAUAUGUAUUAAUUAAAUGGGAAUGAUGAUAACCUUUCCGAUCAUUUAUUAAGUAUAUGCGUAUUAAGUCAUUAACAUGCAAAUACGCUAUAGCAACAGUUUAUAUUCCAUAGAACAUUUCCGAAGUUUAUUACUUUUUAUUUUACUUUAUAACAUAGUUUUGUAUAAUAUCCAAGGGUCUUUAGGAAAAAUAGGGUUUCAAGCGUCUAUGAGCGCUCUUCAGAUACUUCUGAGCGGGACUUGUUGCGCUAGUAAAAGAAGUUACUCUAUUACAUUGGUUUCCGUCCUAUCUUACGCUGCUAUACAACGCUAAAUUUGAGAGACUUAACGAAUUAUAAAACUGUUCAUAUUCCAUAGACCGUUGCCGAAGUUUAUUACUAUUUAUUUUACUUUAUAACAUAGUUGAGUAUAAUAUCCAAGGGUCUUUAGAGAAUUAGGGUUUCAAACGUCUAUGAUCGCUCUUAAGAUACUUCUGAGCGGACUUUAAUUUGUGAGUUUAUGAGAUAUGACGUGUUGCGUUUGUAUUGAGGUUUACUGUUAAUAACAUGAGUAAAUAUAUUCAUCUAUUACUAAGUAAAUCUGAAUAUCUCCUAUUUGUGUUAAAACAAAUUAGAAUAAUAAUAUGAGAAUCUUAAUUCUUAUUUGUUUGUCUUUUCAUUCAUGUUUAAUAACCUUACACUUCAUUCACAUUGUCUCAUUUUACUAUAUGUAAAUUCCAUACUGCUUGUUAUUGUUUUUUCUUUAAUUUCUAAAGGCAAGUGAAUUCAUAUAUUAUACCAGUAAUGCUAUUAUAAGUAGGUCUCAACAGUCAGAAGAAUUUAAGUGGAAUUGACUACGAUUUAUUAUAUCUGUUUAUGUUUAGACGGGCAAGUACUUUUUAGGAAAACAUUAAAGUACAUAAACACUUGUUGAGUUGCCGAUUAAAUAUACUCAGAU